GCCGGAAGAACAUGACGGCGCUUCCGUUGGUCUGCCGCCCCAGCGGUUGCCUCGGUGAUGUCGUGGGUUCAAGCUGCGUCCUCCUCCCGGAGCCCUACAGACGAGGGGGACGUGUUUGACGAGGAAGCGGACGAGUCGCUCCUGGUGCAGCGGGAAUGGCGGAAUCACAUGCAGAGACGAGUCAAAGAAGGUUAUAGAGAUGGAAUAGAUGCUGGCAAAGCAGUUACUCUCCAACAGGGCUUCAAUCAAGGUUAUAAGGAAGGUGCAGAAGUCAUUAUAAAUUAUGGACAACUCAGAGGAACAUUGAGUGCUUUGCUCUCCUGGUGUCACCUUCAUGAUAAUAGUUCAACUUUGAUCAGCAAAAUAAAUAAUCUUCUGGAUGCAGUUGGCCAAUGUGAAGAAUAUGUGCUCAAACAUCUGAAAUCAAUCACUUCACAGCCCCGUGUUGUAGAUUUAUUGGACUCCAUUGAGGAUAUGGACCUUUGUCAUGUAGUUCCAGACGAGAAAAAGAUUGAUGGAACUGAAGAUGAAAGACUCUGUGAAAAUAAUGCUGAGUUUAACAAAAACUGUGGCAAGAGUCCUAGUGGGAUAGAUUGUUCCUAUUUAGAAUGUUCUACAACACAAGAGCAUUCAUAUUCUGAAAACCCAAACCUUGCUUGGAUUUUAGAAGAGACAGCCAGUUUAGUUAAACAGUUGGGAAUAUCAAUAGAUGUUUUACAGCACCUCAAACAACUGUAAAAACUAUCUUCCUUCUCUAAGGAAUGUCUCAGAGCAUUUUGUUUCCUAAUAAGGUGACCAAAAUUAAUACCAUUUCUGCACUGAACACUUCAGGUAUUAUCCUCCAUGGAAAUUUGCAAUGACUUCAACAUUAGCACUGUUAUAAGCUUUUUUUGUGUCACAGGUAAUUGUUUUGUAGUUUAAGAUGUGCUCAGAAAUUCAUUGUCAUCAUUUUCAAAUAUCGAAAUCGAACAUUUUUAGAUUCAUUAGCAAAAACUAACAAAUAUUUUGUAAGAAUCUAACACUAUUAUCUUCUUCCAUCACCAUCAGGUGGUUCAGGACCUCAUCACCAGCUAAUCAGACUUAAGUUACCAAAAGUAACCUAAUGGCUAACAUUAUAGACACACAAAAAUAAGUAUAUGUGUAGAUCUAUGGUUUUAUAUUGAAAGCAAAAAGACUAGUGUAAGAAACUGAAGCAGUCUUAAUACUGUUGAUUAAACAUGCAAAAUGUCAAAAUUCACUUUAGUUACAUAUUGAUUAAAAAUAAGGACAUUGAAUUCCAUAAAAAUCCAGAAAAUAACAUUUCAUGCUUAAGUCUGAAGAAAAGUACCUACUUAGUUUUUCCAAAUAGUAAGAUGUUAUUAGUGUUGCUAACAAUGUUUCAGAUUAUUUCUAAACUGUCAUUUUGCUUAAUAUGCACAUAAGAAACAACUGACUUUUGUAUUACCUUCAAGUGAAAUUUUUAGUCUUAUCAGACAAAAUUAGAUUCAGGUUUUUGCUCCAGGAUCUAAGCAUGUACUAAACUUGGGAAAGAAUUACUUCAUCACUUUUUUCCACCUGAAACAAAUUCAUAUGAGGUACCCAGCUUGAGAGGCACCCAGGUAAUUGACCCUUGUUGGUAGCCUUAGCUGCUAUUUCAUUAGUAUUUAUAUCUACCAUAUAUGCUGAAAGACAUACCACUAUAAUGAGAGAAUCUGAUAAAAUGUCUUCUCAAGGGACAAAGAAAAUGUACUAUGAUCUUAGAACCCUCCUCAAAGUUCACAAAACAUUGAAAUUUUGAGGUAACAAAAUUUGAAAUAAGAGUUCCAUAAAUUUUAGGUUUUACUAAAACCUGCUGAAGCUAUCCAAGUGACAUUUGGUACCAGUUAAAAAAAAAAGUGCUUAUAUCCAGAUAUGAACACCAUUUUAGAGAUUUACUAAUUCAUCUUGUUAUAUAUAUUUUUUCCAUAUUUUUGAAUGCAAUCAAAAUCUCAAAUCCACACAAUAUUAAAAGCAGUCUCAGGGCUGGGGAUGUGGUUCAGUAGUAGAGCACUUCACUUGCCUGGCAUGUGUGAGGCAAUGGGUUCAAUUCUCAGCACUAAAUAUAAAUAAAUGAUUAAAAGGUCCACCAACAUCUAAAAAAAAAAUUUUUUAAGCAGUCUCACAUCUUGCUUUUGCUCUGUCCUGCAUAUUACUUGUGAAGUAUCCAUAUCAAAUAAUGUAUCUCAAGGUCACCCUGAGUAAAGAUUUUACGAAUGUUGUUGAGAUUUUAUCUGGGCUUCCCCAAGGAGAGUCCCAAAAGAUAAUACCCUUGCCACCAUUGAUUACAUAGAGCCUGCUUGUAGAGAUACUUACAGAAAAUGAAGUCAAAAAAAUUAGCUGAGUUGAUGAUAAGCCUCUGCACUAGAACCAACAAGAGUGAAGGAAGUCUUGCUCGACUUUUUUUCAUGUGCAACAAAUGUAUUUUUAUUAAUUUUUUUAUGUUUUAAUUAGUUGUACAUGACAGUAGAAUGCAUUUAAACAUUUUGAUAGAUCGCACAUAAAUGGAGUAUAAUUUCUCAUUUUUCUGAUUGUACAUAUUGUAGGAUCACAUAGGUCAUGCAGUCAUAUAUGUACAUGAUGUAAUAAUGUCUGUUGCUUGACUUUUGAUUUUUUUUCUUUUGCCUUGGUUUAUAUGUUGUAGGCUUGCCAAGUCUUCCCAUGAAAAGACUUUAGAUGAAUACAAUACAAUUGCUAAGGCAUGAUUGCCCCAGAACUGGCACAGCUAGAGGAUCAAGGCCAAGGACAUAGACAUUAGGCUGAGUGAUGUGUUUUUUUAGAAAUUGCAUCUAAAAUAAGUUAUAUCUAAGUGUUGACAUAUCUCGGUAUAUUUUUUAACAAAUCAAGGGGAGCUCAAUUUUCUGACAUUUCAAUUGCUGGAACCGCUGAGGACAUCACAUUUUUUGUGAUACAUCAACAGGAAAGUAGGCAGCUGGAUUCACCUACUUGCAUCCUUAUCUCAUUUACAAUCACUUCACUUCAUGGGAUACAUUCUGAGAAAUGUGUCAUCAGGUGAUUUUAUUGUGUGAAUAUUUGAAUGUGCUUCAACUAAGAUGAUUAUAAUGUCACUAGGUGAUACAAGCUUAUGGGACCAACAUUGUUUCUCUGUGACCCAUUGUUAGCCAAAAUAUUGCUAAGCUGCACAAGAAUCUGUUGUCACCAUUUAUAUCGUUUACUCCCCAUUCAUACUUCAACUUCAAACUGCUUUUUGCUAGGUCACACAUCUGUUCUCAGUCCUGCCACUUGUCUCUUCAUCACUGGCCAUAAUGAACCAUACAAUUCCUUCUGCUUGUCUUCUGCAGCAGUGCUUUUUCUUUUUGUCCUAGUUAUUACCUAUCAUUUGCUAACUCUCCCCUUUUCUGUCUGUCCCUUAAAUGUGAGGAUUCCCCAGAGUUUCAUUCUUGGACCUUUUUGUUUUUUUGUUUUCGUGCUCAAAGCAGAGAACCUCACUCCUCCCAUGGUUUUCAAUUAUACUGAUUAUCCCGAAGCUAACAUUUCAACCUCCAUCCUCCCAAGCUCCAAAGGUAAAUUUGCAACUGCUAAUUUCUUAUUCCUAUUUCGGUGGCUUGGCAUAAAUAGCAUUUCUAAAUGGACCUGCUAUACCCUUUCCCGCUCCUUUCCAUCCCAAUUUAUUUUGUGUGCCUGCACAUGUGUGAAACGAGAUUGAACCCAGGGCUAGGCAAGUGCUCUACUACCGAGCUACAUUCCUAGUCCUUUACCUUUUGUAUUUUCAAUCUAUUAAUGUCAUCUCUGUUCACACAAAGAUAGAAAUAUUUGUCUUCCUCUGCUUUUUCUUUGCCACCACCCCCUACUUGUCAAUUGAGUAUUUUAUGUCUU